GUGAGAGUCCCUGUUGUAAAAGAUAGCAACACCGGGCGCCUGCGUCGGGAGGGCGCACACCAUCACGCACAAUUACGCGGAACCGACCAGCAAAGAGCCAAAAAAUACUUUUUUUUUCUCUUCCCGGCGCAAAUGGACUUUUAACGACCCCGUCCGGAUCAUUUCGAGGACUUUAUUCGAUCACUUCAAUGAUAUUUACGCACAGCAGUGCAUGUUCUAAUUAUUGCGCAUGUGCUUUAAGCACGUGAUUGUUUUAUAAAUAUACCCCUUUUUCUAUUUAGAUUGCUCCUCUUCUUCUCUAAAAUUGGCUCCCGUACAAACAGCCGCGUUGGAUCCCUCGGCUUAUUGCGAGACUCCGGUGUAUAACCCGGAUCUCUGCCCUAAUAUGAUAGCCGCGCAGGCAAAGUUGGUGUAUCACCUCAACAAAUACUACAACGAGAAAUGCCAAUCUCGGAAAGCAGCCAUCUCCAAGACCAUACGAGAGGUGUGCAAGGUUGUCUCGGAUGUCCUGAAGGAGGUGGAGGUGCAGGAGCCCCGCUUCAUCAGCUCGCUCAGUGAGAUGGAUAACCGCUUCGAGGGGCUGGAGGUCAUUUCCCCCACAGAGUUCGAGGUGGUUCUCUAUCUGAACCAGAUGGGGGUGUUCAACUUUGUGGAUGACGGCUCACUCCCCGGCUGCGCCGUCCUUAAGUUGAGCGACGGCCGCAAGAGGAGCAUGUCUCUGUGGGUCGAGUUCAUCACAGCCUCCGGUUACCUCUCGGCGCGCAAGAUCCGCUCCCGGUUCCAGACGCUGGUGGCCCAGGCGGUCGACAAAUGCAGCUACAGAGAUGUUGUCAAGAUGGUAGCGGACACCAGUGAAGUCAAGUUGCGCAUUAGAGACCGAUACGUUGUGCAAAUCACGCCGGCUUUCAAGUGCACUGGGAUCUGGCCACGCAGCGCUGCGCACUGGCCCUUACCGCAUAUCCCCUGGCCCGGACCAAACCGGGUGGCAGAGGUGAAAGCAGAGGGCUUCAACCUUUUAUCCAAAGAGUGCUAUUCCCUGAACGGCAAGCAGAGCUCGGCGGAGAGCGACGCCUGGGUGUUGCAGUUCGCCGAAGCCGAGAACCGGCUCCUGCUGGGUGGGUGCAGGAAGAAGUGCUUGUCGGUGCUGAAGGCGCUGCGCGACCGUCACCUGGAACUGCCCGGACAGCCUCUGAAUAACUACCAUAUGAAAACUUUGGUUUCCUACGAGUGUGAGAAACACCCGAGAGAGUCGGACUGGGAUGAGAACUGCCUGGGCGACCGCCUGAACGGGAUUCUAUUGCAGCUUAUUUCGUGUUUGCAGUGCAGAAGGUGCCCGCAUUAUUUUCUGCCUAAUUUAGACCUGUUCCAAGGAAAACCUCACUCUGCGCUAGAGAACGCAGCCAAACAGACUUGGCGACUGGCGAGAGAAAUACUGACCAACCCCAAAAGCUUGGAGAAACUCUGAGGUAAAAAAAAGAAAAAAAAUCAAAAUAUAAAAUAAAAUAAAAUAUAGGUUGUCUUGAGACCUAACGGGCUCAAAUGAGGACAAAGGAAUUAACCAAUUUGCAAGUCUUGUGAAAUGUGUCUUUCAUUGUGAAAUAUGUUUUGGCAAAACCUAUUUUGAGAUUUAUUUUAAUUUCACAAUUUAUAUGGAACAAUCCUCGUGCACCUUUCGGUGGUAUUUAAAGUCCAAGUUUAAAUUAUUGGCAACAAUUUAUUUAAAAAAAAAAAAGGAAUAAUAAAAGGCCACCUCAGCAGCAGUUGGAAUAUUUUCAAAAUAAAUCCCCAUACAGUUUUGUUUUGUUUUUCUGGAAAAAAUGAAGAACAAAAAGAAAGCCCACAUCUCCCAUGUUUAUACUGUAAAUACAUUCAUCGAUUGUGAUUCAAGUGGUCUGGAUUUGUGAAUGUUGUUCUGUGACACGUAAAUAGGAUCCAACUGUUUAAAAAUCCACGUCGGAACUUUCUCUUUAUCUGAUAGAAACGUUAUUAAUUUAUACUUGCAUCAGUGGUAGUCAGACUCAACUGUUUCAAUUGACGUUUUUGAUUAUUUUUAUUUUUUUUGUCAUUUUGAUGGUAGGCGUACCACAUUUGUUCCAUCUAAAACAUUCCAUCAGUUUACUUGAAUUAUUUAAGAAACUACAAUAUUUUUUUUUCCUUAGGCUUACAUGACAAAAAAAGAAAGAAAAUGAUAUCUUAUAUAUAGUAUAUAUAUAAUACAGUUUUAAUUGGAAAAAAAAAUGCACUUGAAAUACACUGGAUUAUAACGUCUGUGAUCUGAAUUUCUUUUUUAAUUUUUUGUCUUUGGUCUAAUUUAAAGAGUUAAUAAAACGAGCUGUUUUAUAUA